AUGCUGGCAACAUCCCCAUCCCCUAAUAUCCCACCUACCGCCGCCCUCGAGUCGGGUGUUGCCGUAUAUUCCUCCAGUCGACCGCAGUAUGAUCACCCGAUGAUCAAGCCUGUCAACCCUCGAACUACCGCCGUGGAACAGGCCAGUACACCCCGAAAACGUCCUCCAUCCUACGAUCUAGACUUCCAAAAGCCCCGCAGGAUACAAAGCACGCGGUCCCUCGACCGCUACAAAUACUCGCCCCGGCCUCAACCCCGCGUAAAAAUGGUUGAUGCCGCAACACAAUACUCACCCCCAAACCAACAGAAAGCUGAAAAGACCCCAACCAGUACAAUCGCAGGCCUGCAGCUGUCCGAAGGCGACGACCAUCCACCCAAGACUGCCCCCCUCCCGUCGGCUGCGAAGCGACGAGAUGACACAGUUGGCACCACCGGCACGGCUGGCACGGCCGGCGGGGCUGCUAAUCCCGCCAAAUCGGAGAGCACGACGGGUUCAGGCCAGACGAAGAGGUUGGCUGCUGAACCUCCUGCCGAACCGGAACCGCGCACAAAUGGGCUCGCGUCAGAAGAGGCGCAGACCACACAACACUCCCCGGUGAAAAAGGCGCGUCCGGAUGCCCCGCCAGUACGAAUAAUGCCGCUGCGGUAUGAGACCUGCAACACGCGGGAUCUGGUGGUGUUGAUAUCCUCAAUGCUGAUGGAGCUCAUCCGGUACAACGAUGCGAUUCCGCUGCGAGAAGGCCAGCUCACCCGCUUCCAUUCACGAGCCCCUCCGGGCAUCUCAGUCCUCGACUACCUCCAACGAUUGACCACUCACGCCACAUUAUCUCCACCGAUAUUGCUCAGUGUCGUCUACUACAUCGAUCGCCUCUGCGCGCUCUAUCCGGCUUUCACCAUCAGCUCCCUCACUGUCCAUCGAUUUCUCAUAACGAGCGCCACGGUCGCAAGCAAAGGCCUGAGCGACUCGUUCUGGACCAACAAAACAUAUGCCAGAGUGGGCGGCGUCAGUAUGAAGGAGCUCGCGCUGCUGGAACUUGAGUUUCUCACCAGAAUGGAGUGGCGCAUUGUGCCUAAACCGGAGGUCUUGGUGGAUUAUUACAAGUCACUGAUCGCUAGAAAUUCUCAGUAUCAGCUCGAAACUACAUAG